CAAGUUCAUCACAUGGAUAGGAGUAUCUCAAAACACAAUUCCAUUUGAUGAACUGCUAAUUACCAUCAACGGAUCCACUGCCGCUGCGAGCGUCACAGUUGCCGAGUCGACAAACUUGAGCCAAGUUGCGCCACGAUGAAGCGAAUCCUUCUUCUCGCUUUUAUCCACGGAUUUAGGGGAAGUGACUUCACCUUCGGCGACUUCCCAACCCACCUCAAGGACACCGCCGCCAACAACCUGCCGGAUCACGAAUUGGCAAUUGCGAUAUACCCCAGAUAUGAAACUCGCGGAGAGUUGGCGCAGAGCACCUCUGCCUUUCUUGAGUGGCUGAAAGAAAGGGUCAUGGAACUUCGAAAGGCACACCUCGAAGAUCCAUGGCCGCCAAAUGACCGAAGAGUGGGCGUCGUCCUGGUUGCCCAUUCGAUGGGUGGUUUCGUAGCAAGCGAUUGCCUCUUCCGCAUCCUGGAUGAUCAUCGCGAGAACGGAUCCCUGGGCCCCAUAUUCCCCCUCAUCCAAGGCAUCCUCGCGUUCGAUACUCCUUUGAACGGCCUCGCCCGCUCCAUGUUUGUUUACGGCGCCUUCUCCAACUACAACAAAGUCAGCAACGUCUUCAACAUCAUGACCGCCAUCUCGGCCGCCACCCCGGCCGCGCUCUCGCGCCUCGCCUCCAAGCGCGCCAUUAGCACCGCCACGGGGCGAAUCUCCAAGCGCAGCGUCGCCUCCAGCCCGGCCUGGAAAGCCUGGCAGCUGAUCGCCAUGCGGACGGGCACCGUGGGCGUCAUCGCCGCCGGCGGCGUUGCCGCGUACAUGCAUCGCAAGAAGAUUCUUGAGGGCGUGCGCACCGUGCGCAGCCUCACCAAGGACGACAUCGUCCAGGGCUACCAACAGUCGGUAGACGCGCUCGGCCAGGGCCUGGCCUACAUCAACCGCGGCAAUGUCGGCGAGUCGUUUGCCUGGCUGUCGGACCACUUUACAUUUGUCGGUGCGCUGCUCAAGCAGAACGAGCUGAACAGGCGGCUGGAGCGGCUGGCGGCGCUGAGAGGGGUUGGCGUGUGUGAUGUGUACGCGUCGCUGGGGGAGAACGGGUACUGGAGCGGCGGGUAUUUUGUGCCUGAGCGAACGUUCUGCGCGAUACCCGCUAAGGACGAGCCCGAGGCCAAGCUGUUUGUGAGGCAUGUUGUCGAGGGAGCCACGGACGAGAUUGCCGCUCAUGUCGGCAUGUUUAAAAAGGACAAGAAUAAGGACUAUGAGAGGAUGAUCAACGAUUCGGCAAAGCUGAUUGUCGACUGGUUCAACGACCAAACGGAGCUUUACGACGAUCCCAAGUUUGCGGAACCGCCGCCUGCCGAGCCCGAGGAGACAGAAGCGAUUGCGAAGGUGGUUGAUAGCGAGGGGGUUGCGCAGACGAAGGACCUCACAAGGAACGCUGAGAACGGCGGUGUAGAGGAUACGGAAAUGAGCGCGGAUGAUGAGGUCCCCGAUGAGUCGCCAAUCGACAUUGCCGCUGCUGCCGCUCUUGUUCCUCUACCAGACGACAUCGAGCACGACCUCUCGGACAGUGCGGGCGAGUCCGGGAAGACCGAUCAGAAAAAAGCCUAUCUACGGCACCUGUUUGGCGUUGCGCAAAGCACAGGCACGAGCCUGCGGUCUUAUCUGCCGUCGAAGCUGCCGGCAGUAGAGAUGCCCAAGGUGUCGAUGCCAGCCCUCAGUCUGCCCGACAUGCCCCCCAUGCCCAGCAUGCCGAGUGUGUCGUUGCCCACUCGGAUCAAUCCGUUCGCAAGGAAGCCAGUCGUGGAAAUGGCAGCAUUAAAGACACCGGACGUGGAACCAGCAAAGCCUUCCGACGACGCAGGGCAAGCGGGUGCUAGAGAUAAGAAAGCGAGCAUUGAGGUGACACGAUCUCCACAAUAG